AUGGAGGGCAAUGCUGUUACAACUUCGUUAGGUAAAGUGAAUUAUCGGCUGAGUAUUUUUCCAGCUUUUUCGGUUUUGUCGGCGAAUGAAAUAGCGGAGUAUCUCUCAUCAGCACUCCAAAAACGGAUAAAACCCCAGGAUUUAUCCCUUCGUACUGUCAUCCUUCUACUAACCUCUGUCCCCUAGCUGCCAAACUGGAUGAGAUAAUGUGCGGAAUUUUGUGCGGUGUCUUCGGAAUGUCAGUCAGCCCCGAGUGGCGCCUAAAGUACUUUAGUAUUCUGUCUUCACUCUUUCGCAAAAUUGGUUACGACGUACCAAUCGGAUUGACAGAUAUAUCUGAUGACCGGGAACCAAGAAAGUGGCUGAGAAUGCUGUCUUACUGUAUUGAGUUCAUAAGAAGAACCACCUACGCAGGAGAUCUUGCGUCAAGGGUUGGUUUCGGGGUUGAAAGUUGUUAUGAAGACAUUUUAUCUAGGUCAUUGACGACACAGAACGAUCAGCAAAUGCAGCUCAAGCCUACGCCACACGAAUUGCAGCCCUGAGAGUGACGGUUGAUGGUCAACGCACCAAGACGGCGGAGUACCGGGAGAAGAUCAAUCUACUCACUUCCGAAUACUCAAAGGCCUCAGACCAUCAAAAGCAGGUGGAAUCUCACUUACAGACUGUAAAGCAGAAGCUGGAGUCCUUGAAUGCAUCCGCAACGAGGGAUUCAGAAGAAGUGCGUUUCUUUCCAUUUAUCACUCAAAAACCUGCUUUGUUUCUAGUAGUACCUUAAGACUACCAAUGUUGGUAGCACCCGUAAGACUAUUUCACUGGUACAUUUUAUGAAGUUAUUAAUUUUAAAAAAUCCCCUCGAGCCUCAAAUCCGCGACAAAAAAGUAGGACUUCGACUUACCGAAAUGUUCAGCCUUUUGAACUAUGAAAUGUCAACGGGCAGCUGCAUGUUUUUUCCAAUUGAACUGCAAUUGCCAAUUCAAACUAGUAGGUUGUCUGUUCAGGCAGGUUUUCCGAACCGAUCCAUCUAGACUUCACCAGAUAACUACCAAGGUCGUUCUGGCGACAUUGGUAGCCGUUUGAUUUGACCCUUUUGACAGUAGCGAUGCCGGAACCAAACUCGGCAGUUGUACGAUUUAUACAAAACAGCUUUACACCACGUCCGACAGCCUAUUGGUUAGCCUCUGAUAGUCUCCGUGAAGUCAGACACUUGUCCGCGAGGGCGUGCUUCCCAGCCCGACUUUGAAAGAUUUCCCGACAGCCUGGCUGCCUCAACCACUCCUGUGUCUCUUGUCGGUCCUUCUGCCCUUUCCCGGCUAGUCGUAUAAAAUUUGUGUCAUUACACCAGUACUGGCCCGACUAACCCCUUUAACUAAAUUUGUCAUCGCAGGCAGACAGGCUGCAUAACGAGGCGGUUGCCCUGGAAGAACGCAAAAAGUCGCUCGAAGUGCAGGUCAUUUCGGAUCCGGAUAAACUUCCCGAACUGGUGGAGAAUCUUCUGAAUGCCGUAAACGAUUCUGAACGCCAAAUAACCGAGUUGUUCGCCAACCGCAUACAGAUCACUCAGUCGAUAACGAAAUAUCGCAAGGUGACGUCCAUGCUCGACAAGGAAAUGGAUGUCGACGUGACUGCCUUCUUCAGCGCCAUUACCAAAACUGCCGACCUGCAGUCGGAAUUGGAGGUCAGUGGUACUUCAUUUGCUUGCCCCUGGUGGGAAAAUUUGCACACCGGAUGUGCCGAACACAGGUUGGUUUUAAUUUGGAAGUCUGCAUAGUCUUCAUCAGUCUAAUAAGACAAACUAUAAGAUGCAGUGCAUAGGGAAUCACUUGUCAUGCUGCAAACGCAACUAUUCUUGCCACAUAAAUCAAACCCGGAAGUGAUUCUUGUCGUCGGUUGAAUCUGGAUUGUGUUGUUUUGCAGUAUCUUCCUCGGGGCAGGUUCAAGCGCACUGACCUGUAAUUUGCAUACGUCUAAUGUCUAUUUCGCACUCUUUAAACACUGCUCAAAUCCGUACGUCCUUUAAAGAUCAAAUGACCAGAUGAAUCUUUCACUCGCGUGAUGGCACGUACCGGAGAUGUUGUCCGCUAUGACCGUCGUAUAUACAGGAGCAACUGUGGUAAACUGUUCCGAUUUUUGAAUGGAGUUACUUGUUCUGUGGCGGCAUCUUUCGCAGGCAGGUUUAUUGAUCUCCGCGUAAUAGAGUUGUCAACUUUUCUCAGACAUCAUUAUACACCUCUCAAAGUUCCCUCUAUGUGCGGAACUUGCGAGGGUCAUUUCUAGGUCUUUCAUCCCACGGGGAGGUAACCUUUUUCUGUUCCGUGCCCGUGAAAUUUUUUGCGAAUAAACUGACUGGGGAGUCCAGCCCUGUAUUUACAGUGGGUGAUUCGGAUUUAUAAUAAACAAGGCCUGCUUGUAUGAAACCACAAAAAGUACUGGGAAUGGUAUUGCGCUGGUUAUAGAUAACAUUUUUUUCUUAAAGAAGUGCAGAAAACGCGAAAAUUUGUGUCAAUUGAGUGUAUGCGUUUUCUUCGAGCCCCUAUAUCGGCCUUAGAUGUGCCCCCGAGUGUGGCUUUUACCGAUAACGUCCGUUCAUAACAGGCUGUUAUUCCGCUACCGUUAUCAGUCGAUUUCUCGAUGUAAACCGCAGUUUGCCACUUCCUCUGCCUGAAUUUGGGCUUGCUUCCUCUAUUAUUACUUUUAGACUAUAAAGAAGACCGUCGCUGACCUCGCGGAGGAUCAGAAGAACAAGUGCAAGGUGCUAACGGAAGAAGCUGAUGCCGUUAACCUCCUAGAGAGUUCACUUGUCAGCCAAAAGCUUCACCUUACCAACCAUGACGAGGUAUGCCUUUGUUGGUAGGCGUGAUGAUAAAGCGUCAGCGGCUUUUCUUUGUUUUUUUUUCUCGGUGGUGCUGUUUGCCUCGGGUUUUCUCUGUGUUCAUGUCGCAGGCUCCCAAGACUGCCGGUGUUACUGCUGAGGUCAAGUAGGUAUUCGGUUCCCUUGAAGCAGGGGCCUUACCCCACUGAUCUUGUCUGAAGUUGAACUGUCCCGGGCUGGUCACUGCUGCACACUGGGAAAGGAAAGAAAAAAAAUAUGGAGACCUAUCUCGUGCUCACAUUUCUCGCAAUAGAUGUGAUGCAGACUGUUUGACCACGUUGGAUGUUGCGCCCUGCUCGCACCUCCGGUCGUUUUGACAUUAUGUUGUGGCGACUCAGCAGUGAGAAUGUGUGUGCUCAACGGUGAGGGUGAGUAUGUUUGUACUCAGAGCGCUGCUAUCAUCAGGUCAAAUCCUGAGUUGGAGGAAAAGACAGAAAGUCACGAGAAUGAGGGAUUUAUUGUACGCAGAAGCCCGGAUCGUCCUCUCAGGCGGCAGUGGCCUUUGGCGAAGCCAGAGCUGGUGUUGACUACGUCCAUUCGCACCUGAGAGUCCUUGGGAUAGCGGUGGCAGCCGCUUUUAUGGGCUUGUGGUCCUGAAAAAUCUCAUAAUCAGAAACUUUUUGAAAUCGAGGAAUACCCUUUCCUCGAGUGUGAAAUUUGGAGAAGGCGUAAUUUUCUGCCAAGUAGUCCAAGAGAUAAUAUUUUUAUGCAUGUCCUCCGUAAAAGUAUCCUUUAAUCUUUAGGGGCAUGGAAAAUCAGUGGGAAAUUGUGCGCUACUUAAGUUGUCAUUUCUUCAGUAUAGUUUUUGCAAGCCGUCGGAAACAAGCUCGUUCAAAAGCCGGCGGCCCUAAGUGACUGAAAUAUCAUGGGAUUAUGUUGCACGAUGGUUAAUAUCACAAUCCUACUUAUAUGAUCCCUGCGAAUCAAAGACAAAUUCCCGAAUUUUGAUCAACAUUUCACGAAAUGGCACGCACGCCUCAUUGGCCAUUGCACUCAGUCCCCUGACAGACCAGCGCUCGAAUCUGUCACGACGCACAAAUGUAAACAUUAACCUGUACUCAAUAAUUGUGAGUAGUGUGAGUUCAUAUUGACCCAACUGUGAAAAACUCGCCGCCUCGGUGGGAUUCGAACCCACGCAGUAAGGGGAAAGGCUUUAGUACAGCCAACGCUCUAACCACCUGAGCUACGAGGCCCCGCCGGACGACGCGAGUUUUAUCACACUUGGGCCGAGUUUUUCACAGUUGGGUCAAUAUGAAUUAUUCAAAAUCUGCCAAAAUAUCAAUGAAGUAGUGUGAGUAUAUGCGAUUUUAUCGUUAUUCGGGUCUUAUUGUGGCCCUUUAUGGCAGCACCAACGAAAAUCGGUUUCUGUCGAGUUAGAGGGUAGCAUGUGUGUGGAGCGCCUACACAAGAAGUGUAAACUGUUGCCUCCUGCGCCCACUCCCAUUAUACGACGAUUUAAUAUCCGCUGAUGGUGCUGGCUGGCUGGCGUCAGUUUCCUUUUUCUACUACCGUCAUUUUGCUUGCCUCCACGUAGCUUGCCACUACAACGAAAGCGAAGAUGACAGCAGAUUUGGACAAAGUUCGCUCGGAGAUCACGAGGGCGCAAUCCAACCUGAACAAAUUGGAGGUGCUACUUAAGACGACUAAAGCCCUUUAUGAUGAAGGCAUUUCCAAGUCUAAGGUAUGUCUGGUUUCUCUUUCCCGCUACUGCUUUGUCCCUAAUCCAUUUUUCUUGACUAAAAGACCCACCAGAUCGGGAUUGCGUAAUCCGUAGUUAGGACUCUUCGUCCCCUUGUAUGAACGUCAAAUGGUUUAACUGCUCGAGAAGGAUAAGUAGGGUGUCAACAUCUAACCAAUGGAGGCUAGUGACGGUUGAAAUGGUAGAACCAGUCCCUCUGAACUGCGAGUUCCCAUGCCCCUCGCCUCUCUGGAGGCAGAAUGGUACCCUGACAAGUCUGGCUUUCCAAAGAUAAUGCGCUUGAGUCAAUAUAAAGCGCUUGGAUGUGAGAGGUUUCCUUACAAGAAUUAUGCGAUUUCUGUAGACUUAAUUGUGCGAACGAGGUGAAGAGCUCUCAACCGGUCGUACGCAGGAGUGCUCGAUACCGCCUACUAUUGAGCAUAGCAGUUCAAUCACUCUGACCCGUUGUUGUGCUGUUGAUGAAAAUCCUGCCCAAGUGGCUGUUGUGAACCAGGGGUGUGGGUCCGGUCGUGCCAGCCACCUGUGUCCUCUCCCGCCUCCGGUCUUCUGGACCAUGUCUUGACACCGGGCUCAGGUUGGGAGGAGAGAAUGUGUCAAAUGUUGCGGAAUUCACCGUGCCUGCAUCACCUUGCUGCGGGGAGCACACGGUGGACAUCGCCGGAAACGACGUUCGAACUGUCAGUCUGUGUGGUGGCCGCACUCUCAUGUAGCGAAUCCAUCUUCUAACAGACGCUCCCACAUAUCAGUGAAGGCCACUCACUCCUGAGCUCUUAGAAUCGAUUGAAAUCCGAAAGUGCUCUUAUGCAGUUUGACUGUUUCCUUCAAAGCCCACAGAUCCUACAUCUAGAUACCACAGUAAACGAACUCCUCUGGUCCCGAGUGGCAAUAUCUCCUUCCAUUGUGUUAGUCCACCUUAGUCCCGUAUCUGCGAGUGAGCAUCCAGAAAAUAAGGAGCUCCCUUCGGUUCCAAAUCUUUUCAAUUCCUGAAUAAUUUUGAGUUCGAUCUGGCAUUGCAUUUGCGUUUAACGCUGCGUACUUUGCGCAUAAGAACAAUCAUACAUUCCGCUAUGCCUUUAAGAAGAUACCAUAGAGAGCCCAUGGAAUUUUGCGGUAGAUGCGGACUAUGUUGUAUAAAUCAUUAGAAGCUUUAAAUAAACGUAUGUCAAAUAAGACAUAUUUGCAUUUAUGGGGCAUAGAAAGUCGAUGCAUAAGGACAUGCAACUUAAGUGUUCAUCUUUAACCGAGUGAGGCUUUUACAGGCGUCGGAAAGAAGCUUAUUUAAAAGCCAGUAUCCUGAUGAGUCUGAAAUGUCAUGUCAUUAUGCCGCAUGAUAGACCUAAAGGUCUGCAAGCGUCUGCUAUACCAGGAUCAGCAAACCAGGGCCCUCGUGGCCUGGUAUGCGCUGGCAAUUCUCCGACUCCGGGUUCCCUGCCGGUAGAUGCACUUCCGCUCCCGCAUGGUCGUGAGUAUGGCCGCCCAUUCAUCCGUCUGACCCGUCGUGGUGUUCUUGGUUAAAAUCCUGGUCAAUUUUUGUGUGGACCAGGCGGAGCGCCAAGGUGCGGCCUCGGCCGCGCCAUCCACCUGCGCCACCUCCCCCGCCUCCGGUCUUCCUGACUCUGUCUUGACACUGGGUCCAAGUAGGAGAGGAAGAGGAGAGAAUGCGGUAGAUGCUGCGCAAGUCUGCACUCGGCAUAAACUAGAUCACGCGUAAGUCACCCUGCCUUCUUCGUCUUGCUGUUGAGCACACGGUGGACAUCGUCGGCUGCGACAGUCGAACUGUCAUGUCGCAUGAUAAUCAAUAUCACAAUCCCACCUAAUUAGCCCUUUCUAAUCGAAAACGCAUGUAAGCAUUUCAGCCAACUGUUCCGUGUCGCAGCAGACGUCCUUCUCUGGCCCUGAGCAGAAAUAUCUUCGUACUAGUUCACUCUAUUGCCUUAUCUGCGGCUCGAGUAAUAAUCAAAAACGUCAGAUGACUAAACUCACUCCUCCAGCGUUUGCCUCCUCGCUUCUGUCGGCUGUCCACUGAAUGUCAGUUCCAUGCCGUAGGAUGGUUGUUGCUGGAGGACCGUAUCUCGCGUAGUGCCCCACCAGGCAGUAGCAGGCUUCCCGUUAAUGGGUUGACCCCUCCUGUCUUUAAUCGUUUGGCUCGCCUCACUGUGCUAUGAUUCCAGCCCUGCUCCAGAACUUGUUUUCCCUGCUUUUCUUGCGCUGAAAGAUGCUCCCACGCGCAGCGUCUGUGUGUGUGUGUGUUUGCUCCAGCUUGACCAUAUUUUACCUUUCCACUUCCAGUUGAAUGAAAGCAUCCAGGUCAAGAAGAAGUGCGCGUCUACCCUCAAAACACUCUUCGACCUCUACAAAGCAGCAAUGGCUAAACAGGGCUGA